GUAAAAGCCAGAGAAAGAAUAUAAAUGAGGACUUGAUAAAUUGUGGGAACCUGUACAGGGACAUUGAAUUUUUGCAAACAUUUAACAUCAAAGACUGGUUAGACGAAAGAAAUAAAGUUGCUAUAAACUUUAUAAGGGGAUGUUGUGGAGAAGCAUGUAGCGAGGUUUCUAUGGCAAAAACUUUGGAAUCAUUAUAUGGGUGUAGAAAUCAGAGAUUUGUAUCGCCAAUUUCGUUUGCUCAAAGUUUAAUUGGAUUUUACAUAACUGGCAGUAAGUCUGCCUUGACACUUUCCACUAAAGGCAGUUCAUCAGGCUCUUAUAGUACAGUGCAAAACUGGAUUGCAGACCAGGGCAAACAGAAGAUCCAGUGUCCACAACAUGCUGAUGUUGUUUAUACUUUUUUUAACAAUAAUCAG